UCACUUUGCGUUACCGGUAAGGACGGACGCAAAUAACUAUUAAACUGGCUUCGUAAUACACGUUUAUUACUUGGCCGGAUUUCUUUAUUACGGUAGAUGCUACUGUAAGGACUUGGCACGGAACAGGACAACCCCAUCAUGCAGCAGCAGUCAGUAAUGGAAGAGGGAACGGCCUAUGAGCCACCUACUUAUGAUGAGACAUUCCCAGUUCUUCCUGAGUCAGCUAGUUCAAGUUCAGGAAAAUUAAAUAUUUUCUCUGUAAAUAAUAAUUUACAGCUUGGACGUAUAACAAUCACACAGAUAUUUCGCGUACCCGGCGAAGAACGCAAAUUUGAUCACAGUGAUAAAUUUGGGGAACGUGAAUCCAUACGUACAUGUAAAACAAUAAUGAAAGAGACAAAUACCAAUAUUGAAAUAGCAUCAUCAAAAGAUCAAUCUCUUACAUUCCUAAUAACUGGCAAGCAAAACCAAGUAUUGGAAGCUAAGCGCCGAAUUUUAACAACAUUUCAGACUCAGGCAAGUAAACAAAUUAGCAUUCCUAAGGACCAUCAUCGUUGGAUUCUUGGAAAACAAGGACAGCGCCUCAAGGAUCUAGAAAAAACAACUGCAACAAAAAUAAAUGUUCCAUCUGUACAAGAUCAGUCAGAUAUAAUCACAAUUACAGGAACAAAAGAAGGAAUAGAAAAGGCUGAACAUGAAAUUAGGGUCAUUUCAGAUGAACAAUCAAGAAAAGCAUUUGAAAGAGUAUCUGUGCCAAAAAUAUAUCAUCCUUUUAUACAUGGUGCACACAAUGAGAAUCUCAAUGCUAUGAUGGCAGAAACUGGUGCUCGAAUUAAUAUUCCUCCUGCUUCUGUGCAAGAAGAUGAGAUUACUAUUGCAGGUGAAAAAGAAGGUGUCUUGGCAGCAAAGCAAAAAAUUGAAGAUAUUUACAGAGAUAUGGAAAAGAGAUGUACAACAGUAUCAGUUGAAGUUCCCAAAUCUCAGCACAAAUAUGUUAUUGGUCCUCGUGGUAGUACUAUAGCAGAGAUAUUGCAAGUGACUGGUGUAAGUGUAGAAAUGCCUGCACCAGAUUCUCCUACCGGAACUAUUACACUCCGUGGACCUCAAGAAAAGCUUGGUCAAGCAUUGACUAAAGUGUAUGAAAAAGCAAACAGUGUUCGUACGGCUGUUGUAAAAGCACCUGUGUGGAUUCAUAAGUAUAUAAUAGGACGAAAAGGAGUGAACAUUAAACGUAUCACACAAGAAAUGCCGAAAGUAAAUGUAGAAUUUACUGGAAAGGAAGACAAAAUCAAGAUUGAAGGUCCUCCUGAAGAAGUAGAGAAAGCACAAAAUGAACUUCAAUUAAUGGCUAGUGAUCUCAUAUCCAAGCUUACUUUUACAGAAUUAAAUGUUGAUCCUCGAUUUUAUAAACAUAUUAUUGGAAAAAAUGGAUGCAAUGUAAAUCGUGUAAAAGAAGGUACAGGUGUUGUUAUUAAUAUCUCGGAAAAUGACGGUAGUAAUAUUAUUCGUAUUGAAGGAAACCACCCUGGUGUGCUUAAAGCUCAAACGGAAUUAGUAGAAAUGGUGAGAAAAUUAGAAAAUGAAAAAGAGAAAGAUGUGAUAAUAGAUCAUCGUUAUUAUCCUAGUAUUAUCGGAAACAAGGGAGAUAAUAUUAAAGAGAUUAGAGAUAAGUUUAACCAAGUACAGAUUACUAUUCCUGGUCCAGGUGAGAAAGAAGAUAUAGUAAAAAUUAGAGGACCCAAGGAAGAUGUAGAUAAGUGCCAUAAAUAUCUAAUGAAAUUAGUAAAAGAAUUAAACGAAAAUAAUUAUGUAUUAGAAGUACCCAUUUUCAAACAAUUCCAUAAAUUUGUCAUUGGAAAAGGCGGAGUAAAUAUUCGUAAGAUUAGGGAAGAAACACAAACUAAAAUUGAUUUACCUGCUGAAGGUGAGAAAAGUGAUGUUAUAACUAUCACAGGAAAAAAGGAAAACGUAGAGAAAGCUAAAGAAAUGAUUCAAAAAAUACAAAAUGAAUUGGCUAAUAUCGUUACCGAUGAAAUAGUAAUUCCACCAAAGUUUUACAAUUCACUUAUUGGCACUGGCGGAAAAUUGAUUCAUUCUAUUAUGGAAGAUUGUGGCGGUGUUGCAAUUAAAUUUCCUACCGCAGAGAGCCGAAGCGAUAAGGUAACAAUUAGAGGGCCUAAAGAGGAUGUUGAAAAGGCAAAACAGCAAUUACUUGAACUUACAAAUGAAAAACAGUUAUCUAGUUAUUCGGCUGAAGUUCGUGCCAAAGUACAACAUCACAAAUUUCUCAUUGGAAAAAAUGGUGCCAAUAUUAAAAAGAUAAGAGAAUCCACGGGUGCACGUAUUAUAUUCCCAACCGAUGACGAUCAAGAUAAAGAAGUAAUUACUAUUAUGGGAAAGAAGGAAGCUGUUGAAAAAGCUAAGGCUGAACUAGAAGCCACAAUUAGUGAAAUUGAUAAUAUUACUGAAGGGGAAAUUCAUAUUGAUCCAAAGCAUCACAGACAUUUUGUAGCUCGCAGGGGUGGAGUACUGCAUCGUAUUGCAGAUGAAUGUGGGGGAGUGCAAAUUUCAUUCCCAAGAGCUGGUGUUGAUAGUGAUCGAGUCAUUUUGAAAGGAUCACACGAAUGCAUAGAAGCAGCGAAACAGCGAAUGCGAGAAAUUGUACAGGAACUGGAAUCUAUGGUAACUGAAGAAUGCGUAAUACCCCAGAAACAUCAUCGUACAGUAAUGGGAGCAAAAGGACGUAAAGUACAAAUGAUUACGUCCGAAUAUGAUGUACAAAUUAAAUUCCCUGACAGAGAUACGUAUGAUGAACAACGUGUAGCGGAACAGAUGAAUGGUGAGAAUGGGGAAGUUACGGAUACUAUCCCAGUCUGUGAUAUUAUUCGCAUCACUGGACAGCCAGAAAAUGUAGCAGCUGCUAAACAAGCAUUAUUAGAUCUUGUGCCGAUUACGAUAGAAGUAGAGGUACCGUUUGAUCUACAUCGUUCAAUAAUAGGUCAGAAAGGUCGUGAUGUGCGGGAACUGAUGAAUACAUAUGAUGUUCAUAUCAUGCUGUCUCCAGCAGAAGAAAAACUUGAUUAUAUCAAGAUUUCUGGAACUCCUUCAUGUGUUGAGAAUGCAAAGCAAGCUAUUCUCGAUAAAUGUAAAGCAUUGGAAGCUGAACGACAAGAUAGAGCUUUAAAAUCAUUUGAAUUGAAGAUUAAAGUUGAUCCAGAAUAUCAUCCGAAAAUAAUUGGUCGAAAGGGAGCAGUAAUUAAUAAAAUACGUAGUGAUCAUGAUGUUCAAAUUAAUUUCCCUCGUAAAGGUGACCCUGAAGAACAUAUCAUUACAAUUACUGGUUAUGAAAAAAAUGCUUGUAGCGCACGAGAUGAUAUUAUGAAAAUUGUCAAUGAAUUGAAUGGUUUGACAAAAGAAGAGGUGCAUAUAAAUGCUGCUGUACAUUCACGUUUAAUCGGUUCGAAAGGUAGAAAUAUUCGUAAAAUAAUGGACGAAUUUAAAGUGGAUAUCAAAUUCCCAAGAAAAACUGAUCCUGACCCUAAUAUUGUAACAAUUGUGGGUACGGAGGAAAAUGUAGCCGAUGCGAAAGAUCGUUUAUUGAACUUGGAAGAAGAAUAUAUUCAAGAUGUUUUAGAAAAUGAAUAUCGUGAAAAUUUACGCUCGCCUCAACGCGAUGAAAGGAAUUCUGGAAAUUCCGGCUUUGUUGUGAAAGGAGGACCUUGGGAACAGCAACCACAAAGUGCUCCGAAUACCGCCAGCGUUGAGGAAUUUCCUCAAUUUGCUGGGUAUUCUCACGUACCUGUGACUAAUCCUGACGGUCCAUGGGGCGUAAAACGUUAAUAAUAUCAAUCCAGUAAAACUCACUGAAAAACUAUAAGGUAACAUUAUAUAACUUUCCUCUGACAAACGAUACAAAAGGGUACACACAUUAGUGCUAGGUGGUUCCCUGUUCCAUUACUGAUGUUGCUGCAUACGACCUGGCCACUCUAUUGGACUCUGAUACUGGUUUACUACAUAACGUUUGACGAUGAUGUUUAUAUUUGCAGUUCAUAUACUAAAUAACCUAUGUAUCUGUAACUGUAACGCAUGAUAUUUUAAGUUGAUUGCCAUGUUAGGAAUAUACACACAUACAGUCAGACGCAAAUUGCGAGUGGAUUUCAUUCAUAAACAGAACGUCUGAUUUCUUCAUAACUUACUUUUACUGAUAUGCCUUUCAGGUACAGAUAUGUUGUACUUAAGACUGUGGCUUCGUAGGAACUAAUUUUCUUGUGUAUAUUAUAUAUUUUUCAGAUUGUCUCUAUCCGCAUAGAUUGUUCGGUUAAACAUAUUUCGUUUAACCGGAUAUAAUGUUUUGUUAAUUUAUUUAUAUUUUUUGUAUAUAAAUUGCAUUUUUUUUUGUGUUGGACUUAAGUGAAAUCGUUUUUUAACUAUCAUGAUGAUAUUAGAGUCUGUAUCAAACUUUUGUGGAACGUAAAGCUUUAAGGUCUUUCUAAGGAAAACGUUCUUAAACAUGAUUUCCUGUCUUUUGUUAUGUAGGUAAUGUAAUAUAAUGAAAUCGCUUUAUACUUUUAAAAUUACGGUACACUGAAAAAAAAGUGCAAGUAUCUGCCAGUAAACUGAAUGUAGUAUAUUAUUAAAUAUUGAAUUUAAGAAAAAAUUAAUGAACAUUAAAUAUGCAUUGGGGGAUCAUGAUCUUUAGAAGGCCUUGCUAUAAUUCCACUGCUUUUAUGCAGUCAUCAAAGACGAGACACGAGAUUAUUGGGAUUAUUAAAAGAGAAAAGAAAUCAUGAAUAUCUAUAAUUUAAAAGCGAUACGCCGUAUUCUUUGAAUAGCUAAUUUUAUUUAUUCUUUCUGUUUUAAUGUUUGCUGUAUGAUGUGCAAAUUUUUGCAUUCUACUAUUUAUGAGGCCAACUAGCUAAGAAAAGAUAUUCGGUUCAAGUGCCUUGUCUAUUUUCUUCAAGACAGCUCAUUUCAAUUGUUGGAGGAAUGUGAAUAUUAGUUUAUAUAUAAUUAUAUAUAGUAUAUAAAUAUUGAUAAUAAUUAUUAUAUAUAUAUAAUCAAUAUGAUAGGUAUUGUACUACAAG